UCACAGAAAAAUUAACUUAUUCAGUUGUAGUACACUAGCAGCGGUACUUGGUGCAUUGAGGUCUAGGCUCUGAGCUAGAGAUGGAUUCCAAGAGCACUUCAUCAGCUGCUCUCUUUCUCUCCAUCAACCUUGUCUUGUUUGCCCUUGUAAGUGGUUGCGACACUUGCCCUCAGCCCAAGUCAAAGCCAACCCCAACUCCCACUCCAGCCAACCCUAAUUCGGGUAGCUGCCCCAUAGAUGCCCUAAAACUUGGUGUCUGCGCCAACGUGCUUAAUGGGCUAGUGGGGGUUGUGAUUGGAACCCCUCCUGACACUCCUUGUUGCGCCUUGCUGGCCGGCCUUCUCGAUCUUGAAGCUGCCAUUUGCCUUUGCACAGCCAUUAAAGCUAACAUUCUGGGCAUCAACCUUGACAUCCACCUUUCACUCAGCUUGCUGAUCAACACUUGUGGGAAGACGCUUCCCAAAGAUUUCCAAUGUGCUUAAUUAAUUAAGCAUUUCCUUCUACUUGUUCCUGUUGGGCAUGGAUAUGGUUUAAUGAAUUAUCCUUUCUUGCUUUUUCUUUUCAUGUUUUUGCCUGUCGUGCUCUAUGUAACCCUAAGUGUUUGAAUAAUUCUCCUUGUAUUCCUAAGUGGAACUCUUAUGUACUAAUUAAGCUUAUUAUUAUAAAUUCCUAGUUCUUAAAAAUUGAAAGAAA